AUGCCUGGGAAUUGCCCCCUUAUUUGGGAGGUGCUGCAAAUGGCCCCAUUUGCUGAGUCUGGACUCUCCAUGUCUCCAGGAGAUGCAGAGGGGAUGUUUUUGGAUCAUUGGAUGCACAAUGGUGCUCCUAUGGCAACCAUGCACUCAUUGAACUCACUGAUGUCUGCUGUAGAACAAGAAUGUUCAAGAUCUCCUGGUCAGCUUGAGGAUAUGUAUUACAACCCCAAUGUUAGCAGGGGGCACUUGGAUGUGUUCUGUGCUUGCUGGGGUCCUUGCACUGGAGCUGAAAUCCCUGUAUGCUAUAAACCUCUUAGUUCAAUUGACAGUCUCAGGAAUACACAUGAGAACACCAGGAAAGUCAUAAAGAAACCUGCUGCUGAUUGUGGGAUGCUGAUAUCAGUUGGAGCUCAGGGACUGCUGUACCUCCACAGACACAAUCCUACUACCAUCCAUGUGGAUCUUAAUCCAACACUGCUGACCAGAGUUGGUCAAGCACAGUUGUGCAGCUUUGGAGUAUCUGGUAUCCUUGAUGGUCUUCUGACAGGGAAAACAACCUCCAUUUUAGGAGGUUGUGUCCAGUUCACUGCACUGGAAUUAUUUUGGGAAAAACAGCACCCUACCAUCAAUAGUGAUGUUUAUGCUUUUGGGUGUACAUGUGUACAAGUGAGUGGGAGUGCCCAAAUGAUUAGUAAGAAUGGAUGUUUAGCUCAGAUGUUUGGCCCACUGUAA